CAUGCGCGUAUUAGAAUCCCACGUGCCGCACACAUAUUCGCAUUUCGUUUUCAGGUAUUUAUGGGUCUCUGCAAACGCGAGCACGCCACUUGCCAUCAUUCGCAAUAUUCGAACCUACCUGACAGGACGUAUCAUAUUCAUCGGAUUCAUCAAACUAAAGCGAAAAAAUUCCCGAAUUCAAGACUUCAGUGAUCAAUAUGUUAACUGAUAAACGUGUGGAGAAACGAUUCGAUCAUAUAGUAAGAUCACACAAUGACAAGCGAUUGUACAGGGGUUUAUUACUCAGUAAUAAAAUGAAAGUACUUUUAAUUAGCGACCCAACAACUAAUAAAAGCGCUGCCGCAAUGGAUGUUAAUACUGGUAAUUAUCCUACGAAGUACAUUACCUAUUUGAUUGAACAUCAAGGAGAAGGUUCGUUACUGUCAGUUUUAACAGCCAAGGGUUGGUGUACCUCACUCCGAGCUGAAAGCCUCGAUGACUUCAACGGUUACGGUUCUUUCAAUAUUCAUGUUGAUCUAACUCUGGAAGGUUCACUGAAUGUUUUAGAUAUUGUUCAAUUGAUAUUUCAAUAUAUCAAUAUUCUCAAGUUACAUGGCCCAGUCGAAUGGAUCUACAAUGAAUAUAGAGACAUCGCAUAUACAAAUUUUCGUUUUAAGGAAAUCGAUAAUCUUCUAUCCUACGUGCGUAAUUUAGCUCAAUCGCUGCAAAUAUGUCACAUGAAAGAUGUUUUGUGGGCAGGACAUAUUUUCACUGAGUGGCGACCAAAUUUGAUUACACAAAUAAUGAAUAAUUUGACACUGGAAAAGGUCAGAAUUCACCUUGUCGCAAUAGAAUAUGAUACAACUGCAACAGAAAGAUGGUACGGCACUCUCUUUGAUAAAACCGAGAUAACCGAAGAACUAUUGGACAUAAGCAACAACGCUAGUUAUAACUCAGACUUGAAAUUCCCUUCCAAGAAGAAUGAAUUUAUAACGACCAAAUUUGAUAUCAAACCUGAAACUGAUGUAAUUAAAAUUAUUAAACUAGAAAAUGGUCAUUUUCUAUAUGAAAUAAAAGAUACGUCACUGAAAAACUCUUGUGCAAUUGUAUAUUAUCAGAUUGGUUUACAGUCAACAGAGUCAAAUGUACUCUUAGAUCUCUUGGUACAAAUUAUUUCUCAGCCUUUCUAUAACACUUUAAGAACUAAGGAGCAAUUAGGGUAUGCAAUGUAUACUACUGUUCAUAAAACAAUCAAUGUGCAAGGUCUGAAAAUUUUAAUUCAAAGUGACAAGCAGCCACAAUAUAUCGAAAAGAGGAUUAAUUUGUUUAUAGACUCCAUGUUGGAUUAUAUAACUACCAUGCCUGAAGAGCAGUUUGAAAAAUACAAGGAAGCUGUGGCUGUAUCAUAUUUGGAGAAACCGAAAACGUUGAGUGCACAAAGUACUUUAUAUUGGAAUGAAAUUAUAACCCAACAAUAUAACUUCAAUCGAGUAAAUAUCGAAGUAUCUUACUUGAAGACAGUAACACGCCAGCAACUACUUAAUUUUUAUAAGAAAAAUGUAUAUAACAAAGCGCAAUACGCUAAAUUAUCAAUACAUAUAUCGGAUAUAUCAAAAGAUAUAUCAGAAGAUUCCGUCCGUAAUAUAAUUGAGCAAGUUGAUUCAUCAGUCGAUGAAGAAAUUAAGAAAAUUAAUAUUGUGUCAUUUAAAAAUAAUCAAACUUUAUAUCCUUUAUUAAAACCCCUUAAUGAAUAUCCUAAAAAGGGUUUAUGCUUUUCUAAAUUUUAAAAUGAUAAGACAGCAAAUUAUAUAAAUGAAUUUGUUUAUAUGUAUAAUAUUAAUUUGUAUUAUUUGUGGAAAAAUAUUGAUUCAUUAUUUUAUGGAAAUUAAUGGAUCACUUAUUAGGAGGACUAAAAUUAAAA